CAGACAGCAUCGGAACUACAGCGCCAGUCAGCUUUGCAGUGUUGCUAAAAUGCGCAUUACUUGUGGAUCAGACCUUUGAGAGAACCUGGGCCUCUUUCUAAUGGCAACUGCAUUAACUUCCAUUGUGUGUUUUUUUUUUGCUGCGGGCCAGGUCAUCUAGCAGAGCACACGUAGGGCUCCUCAUCUAGAGUGGCGCAGGAAGAUGGAAAUGAGUGAGAAUUUAACAGGCUAAAGUGGCACUUUUGUACCUGCCUUACUGGAGCGUGUGGAUCAUGUGACCUUAACCUUAAGCAAUAAGGAAUGCAAAGAGAAGAGAGAAGGGUAAGAACUGCAAAAAGUCAACUCAAAGUUGAACUUUAUACAGUGGACUACCAGCAAUACUAUUACGACUACUAUUACUACUAUUACUACUACUACUACUACUAUUUGCACUAUUCUACAUUGUGUUGAAUGACUGCGGGAUGAUGACAGUUAUCGGCCUGAGGCAGGAUCCGUUCUUGCAGCUGCAAGCUGAAAACAAGAGUCUAAGUUAGCUUGUCAUCACAUCACAUGACUCUGCUCUGACUCAAGUCAAGGAGUCAGUGGGCCACAGUAUGGGAAACUCCUCCGGGAAGGGCGAGGGAGACGAGGAGGAAGAGGAGGAGGAGAAAGACGGGGAAGUGGUAGAAAUUGUGCAGAAGAAAAAGAAGAACAAAGACGAGGAAGUUGAAGAGGAGCUUCCGCUCGGUGUGGAGGAGUUGUUGGAGAGUGGAGAUCCAGUGUUGGACCUUAGCUACCGUAGAUUUAAGCGUUUACCUGCACGUGUUUAUGGACUGACGCACGUAGAGAAGCUCUACGUUUGUGGAAACAGCCUGCGCACUCUUCCUGAAAGCAUCGUCCAGCUACAAGGCCUGCGGAUCCUUGCCCUGGACUUCAACAAGAUGGAGGACGUUCCUCUCGCCAUCUGCCAGCUGGCCCAGCUCACCCGCCUCUACCUGGGCAGCAACCGCCUCAUGACGCUCCCGCCUGAGCUGAAGAACCUGCAGAACCUGCGCUGCUUGUGGGUGGAGAGCAACUACUUCCAGUGGUUCCCCAGAGAGCUGUAUGAACUACCCAACCUCAGGUCUCUGCAAAUGGGUGACAACCGGCUCAAGACCCUGCCUCCUGACCUGACCCGCAUGGAGACUUUGAGGGGGCUGUGGCUCUAUGGGAAUCGCUUCCAGACCUUCCCCAAAGUCCUCCUAAGCAUGGACAGCUUGGAAAUCCUGGACCUGGACCGCAACAAGAUAACCGAGUUCCCCAGCCUGAAGCGCCUCAGGUCCCUUCGCCUCUUCUCUUAUGACCACAAUCCUGUCAAGGAGCCUCCUAAAGUGGGCGAGGAGGUGACAGUAGUUGGAGAAGGUGCUGCGGAGUUCUUGGAGGAGCGUGAAGCCAGGAAGGAGAGGCAGCGGAAGGCUGAGGAGCAAGAGGUAGAGGAGUUGGCCCUGGCGGGAGAGGAGCCCAUCAUUCACGGCAUCUUGAAGAACAGCAGCUCUAACCGACCAUCAUGCGAGGCUGACCUCAAGGAAGAGGAAGACAUUAGCUCUCCAAUGGCAGAAUACGAUGGCGGUGAGCUGGAGUAUGAUGAAGAGGCGCUUGAGUACGAGACGGAAGAGCUGAUCUGUGAGGGAGAGGGCUUUGAGUAUGAGGGAGAGGAGCUGGAGUAUGACAGUGCUCACAUGGACUAUGAGUAUGAGGAGGAGAUGGAGGUGAAGGAAGAGUCAUAAGAACAUUCAUCCAUCCAGACUGAGAUGAUCUGCAGGCUGGUGGCCCGCAAGAGACAUUUCUUAUCUUUAACUCUGCUGCUAAUUUAAAAAUUCUCAUUAACUGUGAAAAUGAAAAGUUUCAUCUCAGCCUUCUGUCAAUCAGAGCAGGACUCAAAUAGAGUGUGAGAGUGUAUGCGUGUGUGUGUGUGCAUGUGUG